CACACGCAUCGUUUCAGCACCCACUGCCUCAAAUCAUGGCUUGCUUACGAUUAGGCAGAAGCCUGAUUCCGUGCUUGCUCUCCAUAGGCACUGCCGUAACUUGAACACUGUUCCUUCACAUUUGCCUUUCCCGGUUCCUACGCUCCUUGUAUCCCAUAGCAAUCGCACAAACUUCUAUAUCACGAUCGCCAGAACCAUGUCACGAAGAAACAGUGCCAUGUAUACUCCUCAUCCGCUGACCGCGCAAUUCGAUAGCGCAAAGUUCAUGGUUGGCGGGGGAGUAGCUAUCUUCCAUCUUGCAACUGGGCGCGUGGUACUAUGCAGCUACGAGCAACACGGGCACACAGUAUAUUUCCUGCCUAAAGGACGGCGAGAUGCAGGCGAAGAAAGUGGCACAGGCGCAGAGCGAGAGGGGUAUGAAGAGUCAGGGUAUCGAAACCGGCUUCUCCCUCUACCAACACGGCAUUGCCAACCGCAAGCUCAUCCACGUGUCCACGCUCCGACGCAUACUGCCGAGCCCGUUCUGUUACAGUUGAUGCCGUUGCGAGAGUAUCAGUAUGUGGUUUAUUGGUACAUUUCGGAGACGCUGCCGCCGUCACUCGAGGGGGACCUCGAAACAGAACCAGGAUCGCCGUAUAAACCUCCACCGCGUUAUCCGCAGAAUCUCUCAUUGAGGGAGAGAAUUGCGAUGGAGCCGCAGGGGUACGAGCCUAGACAUCACGAGGGCACGGGCGUGGAUAAUAUGGAGAGGCAGUUCAAGAGCGAGUUGUGCAGUGUAGAAGAUGCAAUAAAGAAGCUAGGCCAGGGCCACAUGAUGGGUGAGGCUAUGGCGGAUGUAGUUAGGAAAGGGUGGGAAGGAAUCCAAAAAAGGUCCGAGAUGGAAGACGCAGCCACGCAGCAAAGUCCCGAAGCAGUUUGAACCUUCCGAGUUUGUUGGUUUGGAGAUUGCGCAGAGCAGGGUAUCAGCAUCAUAUCGCAACUUUCACGUGCCAUCCAACCUCUAAUUUUUUUUUCUGUACCGAGAGGCCUACGUCACUCGGAUGUUGCUGUUGUAAACAACAACUCCCACGGUCUAGAUCCCGGACUAUCUGCCGGUAGCAACAUGCUAUGCAUACUGUAGAUUACCUACGCCUGUCUAUACCUUAGCGAAUCCUUCUAUACAUACCAGGUUCCAACAGGAACAUCAAUAGUCCCAACAUUAACCUA